UCGGUCGUAUUUCAACUCUCCGUGGCAGAGAUAUUUACUAUCACACAAACCAACGCAAGAACACAAUUGCACUCGAUUUUUAAAACAUAAUAGUUGUCGUAUAGCUGAAAGAGGAUCGUGUGUCUGGUGUUUAUUCAAAGUGCGAAUGUGUUAACGCCUAACAUUUUUUCGUAAUUUGAUCCAGCACAAAAUAUCAACCGAACAGUUUGCUAUUUCAUUUCUUUAGCAGUACAUCGAGAGUGUCAUGGCUGAGUAUUUGAUUUGUCUUGACUUUGAGGCAACUUGUUACCCCUCCAAAAAUCAACGAAAUAAAGGAUGGUAUCAGGAAAUCGUCGAUAUCGGAGCCGCAUUGAUAAAUCUGAAUGACGGUGAUAUCGAAAGCGCAUUUCAAUGCAACGUAAAUACAACUGAGUUCUUCCUAACCUAUGGUUGCAAGAAAAAAUUGGGUUUGGAUCAAGACUAUCUUGACGGUUGCCCCACGCUUCCAUCUGUGCUCGGUCGUUUUUGUAAAUGGACGAAAUAUCUUCGAGAUGAGCAUGAUUUGAUUAUGCCAUGGAACAGUCGUUCGGACUAUGAAAACACGUACUUUUGCACAUGGUCCAAUAUGGAUUUGGGCUACUUUCUGCCGAACGAAUGUAGCCAAAAAAACAUUUCCUAUGCGAACUAUUUGAAGUACUGGAUAAAUGGACAGGAAAUAUUUAAUGAAUAUAUUUUCGGGAGAAAUGCGAAACUUCAUGACGCUGCAGACUAUGUGGGAACAAAGAUUGUUGGUGAUGCACAUGGUGCGGCCGAUGAUGCUAAGACUCUUGCGUAUCUGAUGCACGAUAUUUUCGACAAUAAUAACGUGAAUUUCGAGGUGAAAAGUUGCCGUUAAAUAUGUGAAAUAUUCAGACGAAAAACCGGAAGUUGUGCUCGAAGCACAGUGAAAAUUCU